AUGACCAACUCUUCAAGCUACACCCUGCGCUACUUUGACGUUCCUGGACUUGCCGAGAACAUUCGUACACUGCUUAACUUUGUUGGCGCCCAGUGGACCGAGGAGCACCCCGAGUGGCCCGCGGCCAAGAGUGAGCAGCCGUUUGGCCGCCUGCCGGUCCUGAUCGAAAAGGAUGCCAGCGAUAAUGUCACAUUUGAGCUCACCGAGUCCAUUGCUGCUGCGCGCCAGGAGCAGCUGCGUGACCAGUUCACUGAUAUUCUUCUUAGUGUUGUGUUCUACACCGGCGCCGAAGGCGAGCGCAAGACACAGCUGAAGGAGAAGACGAUCGCUCUCAUUGAGACUGCUGUCAAGGUAACGGCAGCAACGGCCACUUCAUCGGCAGGCAACACUACCUAUGUUGAUAUCGCAUUCUACAACAUGAUCAGCUACAUUCGUGCCAACAACAAGGAGAAGGGUGAUGGCUUCGCUUCCUACGUUACGGUCGAGAAUGCUCCUGAGUUCGAGAAGGUCAUCGCUGCUGUCGAGGCCUGA